CUUUCCAACUUCAAACGCCGCGCGGCAACGUCCAUUAUGCUCAAGAACGAACUGGGAAGGAAGUGGCGCGACAUUCCGUGGGCAGAUGUGCUUGAGAAGAGCGCUCAUGCUGACAAGUACUUCAUGCGAAGUGGAUUGAUUCGAAAAGACCUCCUUCCACUCUACGCUGCCGAGUAUAUGCCAAAGACGUUUGUCGUCAAGUCGAUGGACAGCAUCAACGAGAUUAUUCCCUUGAUGGAGGAAGAGGACAAACAUGCAUCAAACGACGUGUGGGUAUUAAAGCUCAGCGAUUCCAGCAAUGCGUACGGCAUUCACUUCUUUCACCGAAAAGAUGCGUCCUCCCUAGCAUACAUCGUCCAAGACGGCCAAACGCGUGUCGUGCAAAAGAACGUGCAGUCGGCCUUGUUCAACGGGAGGAAGUUCCACGUUCGAGUCCUCGUUCUCGCGGUGGGGCAUCUAGACGUCUACGUGUACGAUCGCAGCCGCGUGUUGGUGGCAUCCGCGCCAUACUCUCCCACCGCUUCCUUGACCGAUGCACUCGUUCAUAUCACAAACAUGGGAGUGAACCAAGCGCGGAACGAUCUGUAUGACAGCGCCGUGCAGAACAUGGCGCUGUCCGACGUGUUUUCCCCUGACUUGGUCGCGACGGCGAUGGACCAAGUCCACGCGAUCUGUCGCGACACGUUUCGUCGGGUAUCGACGAACCGGCGGCACUUUUUCAGUCUCCCCAAUUGCUACGAGCUGUUUGGGCUCGACUUUAUGAUUGACGACGGCGGGCGUGUGCUGCUGCUCGAGGUGAAUCCAGAUCCGUCCCUCGGGAUGUUUUACAGGCAAGGCGAAGUGGAGACGCCCAUCCUUCCGCGAGACGUCUUGGUCGACGGAGCGCCUCCGUCGUUUGUGCAAGUGUACUCUCGGUCCCAGGACGAAGCGUUUGCCCUUCUUAAAGCGCGCUGGUCGGCUGAAUGUCGUGGCGAAGAAGCCCAGGCGUAACAAAAGUUUUGUGAAAAA